AUUUCUGCCUGGGUGUAUCCCCUGAUACAAUGGAUUGAAGACCCUCCUUUAUUCGUUCUGGACCUUAUCUGAGUUACACUGACCCUCUGUGACCCUCUUCCCCCAGCCCCCCUGCCCAUGGCUCACAUUGAGAAGUUGGCAGCAGACUGUAUGCAGGAUGUGGAGGAGGAGGAGGAGGAGGAGGAAGAACAGCUGGAGGAGGAUGCAGACCUACUGACUGAGCUGCAGGAGGUCCUGGGUGCAGAUGAGGAGGCUGGGCCCCUGGAUGGCGAUGAGGCAGCUAGCCCAGGCGUCUCUGAGAAGGAGAAGGGACAGGAAAACAUUGACCCUCCAGUGCAGACAGCCCUCCUAACGGCUUCAGUCCCAGUGGCUCAGGCUGGAGGGCCUUGGGGGCUGCAGGCUUUGCUGGAGGAACGGAUCCACAACUACCGGGAGGCUGCGGCCAGUGCCAAGGAGGCAGGUGAAGCAGCCAAAGCCAGGCGCUGUGAGCGUGGCCUGAAGACUCUGGAGUCCCAGCUAGCCGCUGUAAGGAAAGGCAGGAGGAUCAAUGAGGAUGAGAUACCACCUCCAGUGGCCUUGGGCAAGAGGCCCCCGACCUCCCAGGAAACAGCCGACAGGAGCCCUGAGGCAGAACCCCCUGCUCCCCCUGCCAUGGAGUCAGACCCAGACCCACGGGACCUGUUGCUGGUCAGACAGAGAGAGUACAAAGUGGCUGCCCUCAGUGCCAAGCGGGCUGGAGAUCUGGACCGUGCGCAAGAGCUCAUGAGGAUUGGGAAGAGAUUUGGUGCUGUCCUGGAGGCCCUGCAAAAGGGGCAGCCUGUGGACCUGAGUGCCAUGCCCCCGGCACCUGAAGAUCUGAAGCUCCUUCCACAGGCUUCGAAGGCCCCCACAGCAUCCUCAGUUAUACUCCCAGCAGUGGAGCGAGUGCAGCCAGUGAUGGCCUCUGAUAUCCCAGCAACUCCAGUGGCCCCGACAGAGCCACAGACGGUGCUGGAUGCCCUGCAGCAGAGGUUGAACAAGUACCGUGAGGCGGGCACCCAGGCCCGGGGCAGUGGGGAUGAGCGCAAGGCCCGGAUGCAUGAGCGCAUUGCCAAGCAAUAUCAAGAUGCUAUUCGAGCACACCAAGCAGGACUGAAAGUUGACUUUGCUGCGUUGCCAGUGCCUCCAGGAUUUCCCCCCAUCCCUGGCUUGGAACCCACUGUGGGCACCAAGGAUGAUGCAGUGGCUCUGACUUUGGCAGCUGCCCAGAAACUAGUCUCCUCAGAGGAUACAGUCCUGGCAGAUGAAGACCAGGAUGAGGAUGAGGGUGAGCCCCCAGCACAGGCCCCAGAGGCCAAGAAGCCGGUGCAGCCUCUGGUCCCUUCAUCCCGGCCCCUGACUGAGCCCAAGGCCUUGAGUUCUAAGGAGUCACUGAGUCCAUCUGUGCGGGAGCAGCUGGCACUGCUAGAGGCACGGAAACUACAGUACCAGCGGGCAGCCCUGCAGGCCAAACGGGGCCAGGACCUGGAGCAGGCCAAAGCCCAUCUGCGGGUAGCUAAAUGUCUUGAGGCUCAGAUCACCCAGGCCCGAGCUGGCCGACCUGUUGACCUUUCCAAGGUGCCUUCACCUUUAACGGAUGAGGAGGGUGACUUCAUCCUCAUCCACCAUGAAGACCUACGACACUGCCAGAAGGCUGAUGAGGUGUAUGCCCAGUUACAAAAAAUGCUUAUGGAGCAACAUGAGAAGUGCCUGCUGUUCUCCAAGCAGUUCAUGCACCAGGGCAAUGUGGCUGAGACUACCCGGUUUGAGAAACUUGCUCAGGACCGCAAGAAACAGCUUGAGAUCCUACAGCUGGCCCAGGCCCAGGGCCUCGACCCUCCCAGCCACCACUUUGAGUUGAAGACAUUCCAGACUGUGAGGAUCUUCUCAGAACUCAACAGCACAGAAAUGCAUCUGAUCAUUGUCCGGGGAAUGAACCUGCCAGCCCCUCCAGGGGUGACCCCCGAUGACUUGGAUGCUUUUGUGCGGUUUGAAUUUCACUACCCUAACUCGGACCAGGCUCAAAAAAGCAAAACAGCUGUGGUGAAGAACACAAACUCUCCAGAAUUUGAUCAACUCUUCAAACUAAACAUCAACCGAAAUCACCGGGGCUUCAGAAGGGUGAUUCAAAGCAAAGGAAUCAAGUUUGAAAUCUUCCACAAAGGAUCCUUCUUCAGAAGUGACAAGCUUGUUGGCACAGCACACCUGAAACUGGAGCGGCUGGAGAAUGAGUGUGAGAUCAGAGAGAUUGUGGAGGUGCUGGACGGCAGGAAGCCAACUGGGGGGAAGCUGGAGGUGAAGGUGAGACUGCGGGAGCCUCUGAGCGGCCAGGACGUGCAGAUGGUCACCGAGAACUGGCUGGUCCUUGAGCCCAGGGGCCUGUGAGGUGGGCAGCUCUCUGGGCCCUCAGAACCUCUGCCCCCUGCUCUCAGUCAGGGCCUCACAGAGACUCUUCUCUUAUUCAACUCCUAUCUGGGGAGAAAGACUAGGAGUUUCUCAUCUGAUGAAUACCAAGAGGCAAAACUGUUGGAUAGAGUUCAUGGGCUAUUUCUUAUGUUCCUCAACAGAACUGGGGAGGGAUGGUAACUAACUAUCUUCAGGAAACUCUUUCUAAAACCUAUUUGCUCUCACGGCAGUUUAGACUCACUCCCUGUGCUUUGUGCCUCUGUGCAGCAAAUGGUCAGCACUGGGAGAGGAGUGAUGCCAGCAACUGUGUGCAGGAGCUUACUUUUCCCAGCUUUGAUGGCUACAAAAGCCUUUGUACAUAAGACAGAUGCUGCUACAUGAGCACCAAAGACCUAUACAUGUACUACUGACCACAACCCUGGUCUUUCCUGUUGCUGGCUCCUCUUGGCCUCCAUAGAAGCAGGCUGGAUUCUAGGAGCCCUUCUCCCUACUGCUUCCAACUCCCCCAACCUCCCCACCCCCCAGUCUGAGUGAAGACAAGGAUACCCUCAUUGCUCUGUGCCAUGAAGUCCUGUAGCUCCUUAACCCCAGCCUACAACUGUGUGCAGCUUACCCCAGCCCCCAGUUGCACCAUUUCUGGAUGUGCCUUUAAAAGAUUUAACUGUAGGGGAUGGGAGAACUUGAGGGUGAUCGUGAACCUCCCCUGCUUAGGGUGGGGGAAGGGUUCCAUGACUCCAGUGGGUGACAGCCUGUCCCAGACAAUUCCGUUUAUCCCAGCUCUGCCUGUGCCUUGAUUCCUGACAGCUGCUGCACUAGCCUUCCUGCUUCCCAACAUACUUAGUGGAAGAGGAAAGUUAUUUUUGGUACUACUUGGUGGGAAGUUAGGGGAAGGGUAUAUCUUGGGUUUGGUCCAUGCACCUAAGAUAAAAGACUGUUAACUGGGGAAAGGGAAAAAAAAAAAAAAAAAAAAAAAAAUAUAUAUAUAUAUAUAUAUAUAUAAAAUUUUAUGUAGCCAUUUUUAUUAUUUAAGAAACUAGGUUUAAUUCAUUGUAGCAGUUUUAUACUCUGCACACAGAGUGACCAUCGAGGUCCUAAACAAAAGCCCUGCUCCCUGUCACUUUUUAAGCCAGAGUAGCAAUAACAUUUGUUACUGACAGAAACUGCCACUAUGGCUUCCUCUUUUGAGUGAGGGCAAGGCAAGCCUCUCUUCUUCAGCUGAUCACCUGGAGCUAUCCCUCAGUUCUUUCCCAAGAAUUCUCCUUUGACUUUGUUUUUCUGAAUGGAUGGAGACAAUGAAGGGAUUUGUAGUUGUAAUAGAUUUAAUAUUCAAAAACUGCAAUAUUCUACAUUUCUUAGAAAUAAACACAUCUUUUUUUCCCUUAUUUGAAGCAAUAACCUAAGAUCAACAAAGCAUUCCUCAAGAUCAUUUAAAAGGCUAUAAGUGAAGCACAUAAUUUCAGCUUACUGAUCACUAUAGUACUGCAUAAGCACAGCUCAGGGUUUGGGCUUUGUGUAUCUUUUUCAAGGAUAAUAGGGCUGGACCGUGCCUCCCUGCUAUUAAGAGCAGAGCUUUUAGUGGGUAAUAGAGCAGGAACUACAAACAACUGACUUUUUUUGAAGAGCUCUCUGGCCAGUCUUACUUACCUAUCAUAAGUGAGCUACCCUAACUUCCACAGAUGUGAGAUUUAACACUUAAUUUCAGUCACAUGUAUUUGUCAAACAAGCAGUGGUCUAGAAUGAAAAGGAAGGUUGUUAGCCUUCAUAAGAUGGCCUAGAGCAAAGAGGAGUUCCUGACCCAAAGUAGUCUUCCCCUUGGGGUGUGCAUUCAACCCAGUGCUUAGUAAGAGGGUUAAGGACCCCCGUGGCUAUCCUCCAAGGUUCCAACCAGCCCUAGGAAUUCCUAAAUUCCAGCCUCUACUGGAAACUUCAACAGGAAGUUUCCUAUGGCUCCAAAGAUUUUCCUUUACAAUCCAUCCCAUUUCAGUCUGCUUCAUUGCUAUUUGCUUUUUGAAAAACAGACCCUCCAAGCUGAGGGAGGCAAGACAAAGCCACCCACUGGACUUGGAGACUGAAGUUCUUAAAAGGUCUUUGUUGUAGCUAAGGCAUGUGUGGGUCACUGGCAGGGGGAGGAGCCUGCCCCAGCCUCAUUUUGUCCUAAGAUUUGUUCAAAUACAGUAACCAAACAUUGGAGAUUAGUGACUCAUGAGAAGGUGGGAACCAGUCAUGACCCAAAUCAUUUUUAAAUUUUAAAUUCUUUGAUUUAGUGCAGUGCAGACAUUCUUCUAAAUUAAUUAAUUAAAUGGCUGCUGAAUAAAAUAUGGAAGAACUUUAUCUUAGAAUCAGGAAUUCUUGCUCACAAUUAAAAGAUUCUUUUGUGA